AUUCUAGCAGCUCCAGACCGCCUGCCUGUGACGCAGUGACAACAGGGAAGAUGGAGUCCUUAUCUCAGCUCUCCUCACUAAAAGGAGGCGAGUUCAAGCCAGAGGAUUACGUGACGCCACACUACAAGGAGUCGUACCGCCUGGCUAUCGAUGCGUUGCUGGACAGCGGCAGACAAGGGUAUUUGGAGUUCAUCACCAAGGAGAGGCUUUGUGACUUCCUGGCAGAGGAAGAACUGGAGUUCAUAGAAGAGAAUGCCAGGAGACCACCGCCUCUACCCCCAAAUGAUGACCUCGACAUCUAUCUGGAUGACACCUCCUCCACCGGGACGUAUUGGCCUGUCGAUUCUGACGUAGAAACCCCGGACCUGGACCUUGGCUGGCCAAUCUUUUCACCAGAUUUGGCAAACAGGACCAACAUAGACUUGUAUUUCCAUCCACCGCGGCAGAACUGCCCAACGAUAAAAGAAGUCAUCAGAAAACUGAUCCAGGAGUCGAAAAAGGUCAUCGCGAUCGUCAUGGACAUCUUCACUGACGUGGACAUCUUCAAGGAGAUUGUGGACGUGUCGAUCCGAGGAGUUCCCGUCUACAUCCUUCUUGACGAUUUUCAGUUUAAGAGUUUCCUGCUCAUGGCUGAGAAGCAAGGCAUUCACAUUCAGAGAUUGCGGGUAAGAACGACCAAAGUUGUCCUUUUUCAUUUCCUAAAAUAUGCACGGGAAGGAAUUGAAGAGGAAGAGUCAGAGGAAGAGGAGAAAGAGGAAGAGGAGGAGGAAGAAGAGGAAAAGGAGGCGGUGGCGGCAGUGGCAGGCAGUGCGGUGCAGUGGUGA